AUGGCGACCCUAACCAACGACCAAAUAAAAGUCCUCGAGCAAUCCAGGCAGCGACUAGCCCAACUCACCCGCUCACUGGGCUCUCUAAUCGCAAGCCUAAACCAAAGCGACCCACUCCCACCCUGGUGCGCAUCCCUCCAUGACAAGCAAGGCGGCAGCAAACACACAGUCCGAGUCUCUAACAAAAGGAACUCAAAAAUCCACAGGUCUUCCCUUCAAUCGCAAGCAAGCAUCAUCUCAAACAACCUAAUCAGCGUCUCCGAACAACUCUCCGACCACCGCGACCUCCUCUCAACACUGGUAGCCUACCCCGGCCCCGAAUACCCCGGCCGCACCCAAGCCAACACUCUCGAACAACUCCUCCGCACAAAGCUCGACCCCCGAGUCGAAGACUGGGUCGAACGCGGCCGUAUCGCAGGAACAGAGCACCAGCCAACGGAUACCUUUGCAAUCGCGCCAAGUCUCGCAGCAAGUGCGGCACAGAAAAAGUUGACGGAGGCCGAUCUCGCCAAGCUGUGGGAGUGGGCGCCGAUCGAAGCGAACGAGGAGGCUAGGCGAAGGAACUGGGGUGGGAAUUUCACGCUUGAGGAGCGGGAAGCGGGGAUCCAGAAUGUUGUUACGGGGUUGAGGAAGCAGUUGGAAGAUGAUGAGGAGGAUGAGGAUGAAGAUGAUGAAGAUGAGGAGGAGGGCGAGGACGAGAUGGAGAUUGUGGGUGUCCAUCGGAAAUCUGGGGGAAAUGGGGUCGAGUUCGAUAUUGCGCCUCAUCAUGCGCAUCCCGUCCAGCCGGUUGUGCCGUUGAGUGAUAUCUUGCGGUAUAUGACUACGGGUCGGAUGGCCUAG